AUGGAAACAACUGUGCUUACUGAGUCAAUUGACCAACUACAUCACCAAGUGACAGAGUCACUGGGAGCUUUCCAAUGCCAGCACGAAGAGGCAGAUCGUGUCGCCGCCCUGAAGGCAGCGCAAAAACUGGUGAAUGCACUACAGAAGCCGCAGGAUUCCGUCUAUCAUCUGGCCUAUUCUCCUACUCACGCCCUGUGUGUGCGCAUUGCCAUCGACAUGAGUAUAUUUACAACGCUGACGGAGCGUAAUGGGCCGGUGUCUCUCAAUGAGCUUGCAGCUGUGAAAAAUGCGAGUCCGAUUCUAGUUGAGCGAGUCCUACGUGUCUUAGUUGGGAUUGACUAUGUUGGCGAAUACGACACGCGCGUUUACACCGCGACUACAAUGACACGCCAGAUGACCGACCGACUCAGUAUUUCGGUGAUCAAGUUCAUAUUUGAUAUUGGCAUGCCCACUCUUGCCAAAAUCCCCGAAUUCCUACGUGACAAGGGCCACCAAAACCCAGAGGGCAUCAUGAAUGGUCCAUUCCAAUUUGCCGAGAAGAUUGACGAGCCAAUUUGGACCUGGUUCCAACGAAAUCCUGAGAGGCUUGAUCUUUCCAAUACCUUUAUGGAGGCUGACCGCGGUGCGCGGCCCAGUUGGCUUGAAUGGUUCCCAGUGGAAGAGCGUCUUCUAUGUGGUGCUCAUCCCGAUGCAGAGACGCUUAUGGUUGAUGUCGCAGGGGGUCGAGGCCAUGAUCUCGCAGCAUUCUUGGAACGGUACCCGGAUGCGAAAGGUCGCUUGGUGCUCCAAGACUUGCCACAUGUUUUGGAAGAGAGUACUAUAAACACGGAGCGUAUUGAAAAGCAACCAUUUGACCUGUUCAAACCACAGCCGAUUCAUGGCGCUCGCAUUUAUUAUAUGAAAUUUAUCCUUCAUGACUGGUCCGACAAGGAUAGUCAAGCUAUUCUUACCCAGCUGGCUGGUGCAUUGAAGCAGGGUUACUCGAAAUUGAUCAUUGAAGAGUUUGUGCUGGCAGAUCGCGAUGGUGCUAUGCUACCGGCGAUGUGGGAUUGGGAAAUGAUGAUUUUCUGUAACAGUAUGGAACGCUCCCAGUCCAAUUGGACAUGCUUGCUAGAAAGUGCUGGAUUCCAGGUUAUCAAGUUCUGGGCACCGCCUGGUGAUGGGCAGGGCAUCAUUGAAGCCGAACUCAAACAAUGA